GGAGCAUGCAGACAGUUGGUUCAGAGAAACUCUUCGAAGCCUAAGGACAACACCUUACCGCUACUGCCACUCUGCAUCCACAAGAGACUAAGAUUCAAAAGCCACAAAUACAGGCCGUGCCCUACUCCACAUACCCUACACUUCCGGGCCUCCACCCUCUUCCCGUCCCUAUUGCCCAUCCGUCCCGCCCCUCCCUCUGUAGUGAGUCAUGAAGUGGUCCCUGUGGAGCCUACUGCUGCUGGUGGUGCGUCUGUGUUCCCCAGGACGAAGUGACUGCCAGGGUGACUGCCUGGCCUGUGGUCUCCUACUACCCCUACCCAACCCCCAGACCCAGCAGCAAACAUUCAACACACUGGUGUGUCUGUUGGAGUGUGAGGGUCACAUCUCUACUGCCCUCACCUGGGAGCUGUGUCAGCGAGCCAUCCUACCGCACUACCUACUCCCACCAGAUGGCGGUGCUGUGUCUAAGAGAGCAGCAGAGGAGCUGAACCUGGGCCCUGUACACCUGGAGUCUGAUGGACAACUUCUCUACUCUGCAGCCAUGGAGCACUACCAGCAGGACAGGGAAGACCAGGAAGACAGGGCCCUGGAGCAACGUGAUGCCCAGUACGACUCCUCCCCACUGGGCUCGACCGAGGAGGAAGACUCCCUGGCUCUGGAAAACAGGGAGGAGAAGAAGGAGGAAGAGGACAGGAGGAGGAGCAGUCAGGGGGAGGGAGGAGAUGAGGAGGAGGAGGCGGCCACGGUCCAGCUGACCAAGCGUUUUGGGGGCUUCCUGAAAGGUCACCACGGUUAUAGGAAGUUUAUUGGCGGGCCGGUGGGGCGGCCACUGCAGAAACGCCUAGGAGGGUUCAUCGGGAUCAGGAAGUCGGCCAGGAAGUGGAACAACCAGAAGAGGGUGAGCCAGCUCCUCCGGCAGUACCUGGGGAUGACCAGCAGCAGCAUCCCUGGCCGCGGUGUUGGUCGGUUCAAUAACCCAGGCCAGGGAUUCAGGAGGCUACCCAGCCGGCUGUAGCCUCCCCUUCCCUCCACAAAACCCUGGGGGAGCAGAAUUCUCUUCUCCUUCCCUCCACAACCCCCUGGGGCAGCAGAAUUCUCUUCUCCCCUUCCCUCCACAACCCCCUGGGGGAGCAGAAUUCUCUUAUCCCCGUGCCUCCACAACCCCCUGGGGGAGCAGAAUUCUCUUCUCCCCUUCCCUCCGCAACCCCCUGGGGGAGCAGAAUUCUCUUAUCCCCGUGCCUCCACAACCCCCUGGGGGAGCAGAAUUCUCUUCUCCCCUUCCCUCCACAACCCCCUGGGGGAGCAGAAUUCUCUUAUCCCCGUGCCUCCACAACCCCCUGGGGGAGCAGAAUUCUCUUCUCCCCGUGCCUCCACAACCCCCUGGGGGAGCAGAAUUCUCUUCUCCCCGUGCCUCCACAACCCCCUGGGGGAGCAGAAUUCUCUUCUCCCCGUGCCUCCACAACCCCCUGGGGGAGCAGAAUUCUCUUCUCCCCUUCCCUCCACAACCCCCUGGGGGAGCAGAAUUCUCUUCUCCCCUUCCCUCCACAACCCCCUGGGGGAGCAGAAUUCUCUUCUCCCUGUGCCUCCACAACCCCCUGGGGGAGCAGAAUUCUCUUCUCCCCUUCCCUCCGCAACCCCCUGGGGGAGCAGAAUUCUCUUCUCCCCUUCCCUCCACAACCCCCUGGGGGAGCAGAAUUCUCUUAUCCCCGUGCCUCCACAACCCCCUGGGGGAGCAGAAUUCUCUUCUCCCCUUCCCUCCGCAACCCCCUGGGGGAGCAGAAUUCUCUUCUCCCCGUGCCUCCACAACCCCCUGGGGGAGCAGAAUUCUCUUCUCCCCUUCCCUCCACAACCCCCUGGGGGAGCAGAAUUCUCUUCUCCCCGUGCCUCCGCCCUCCCAAGAACCUCCAUAGAAAUUAUAAUAACUAUAGUUUACCGUUUGUCUACUAUUAUUUGAGCGUUCUAUUCCUAUAGUUCCCAACUAUGUCUACAGGGACCGUGAACUCCCUCGUACCUCAUCAGCCUAAUGAAGAAGAGUAAUGAUAUGGUCAUUCUGAAACCCAUCCGGUGUUGUGAAGAGAAGUAAGGAACGUUUCCUUCCAGCCAAUCAAUGUUUCUCCCAUUCUACCACCCCAGUUAAUGAACUGCAUCCUGAAAAAUAAAAGUACAAUGUAAUAUUGUGUGUCAGUAUCGUAAAAUCCAGACGACAUGAUCCUGGAUAUAAUACCAACCCAUGUUAGGAUGAUGACUGGAUGGAUGUUUAUGAUGUAUGUAUGCACUUUAUUUGCACUGUUCACGGUCUCUGGGUCAUUAAAGAACUGGUGAUCUGCAUCUUCUCUAUUCUGAGAAUAUACUGUAUGUCACUGGGCAGAGAACAGUCGUCACUAUCUGGCCAAGUUGCAAAGUUGGAAGCUCUGCCUAUUCUACAUUUCUCUUCUUAAAAUCUGAUUUUAAACCUAACCCUAACCUUAAUCCUAAACUUAACAUUUACCUCCAACCUUAGGCUUGCCCACCUCAUUUUUUAUUUCCACCAAAAAGCUCCUUUAAGUUUUUCAUAAAUGUUUCUCCUUUUUCAUAAAUGUUUACUCUAUAGCCAAUUUAGAUUUUGCAGCUUGGGCAUAUAGUGGGAACCACAGAUUGGAUCAGCUACCAGACAGUAGAUAUUAGGGUAACACUGCCAACUGGUGUUGUGUUGGUAGAGUAGAUCAGCAUCCCAGACAGUAGGGUAACACUGCCCCCUGGUGUUGGUAGAGUAGAUCAGCACCCCAGACAGUAGGGUAACACUGCCAACUGGUGUUGUGUUGGUAGAGUAGAUCAGCAUCCCAGACAGUAGGGUAACACUGGCCCCUGGUGUUGGUAGAGUAGAAUCAGCAUCCCAGACAGUAGGGUAACACUGCCCCCUGGUGUUGGUAGAGUAGAUCAGCAUCCCAGACAGUAGGGUAACACUGCCCCCUGGUGUUGUAGAGUAGGUCAGCAUCCCAGGCAGUAGGGUAACACUGCCCCCUGGUGUUGGUAGAGUAGAUCAGCACCCCAGACAGUAGGGUAACACUGCCCCCUGGUGUUGGUAGAGUAGAUCAGCAUCCCAGACAGUAGGGUAACACUGCCCCCUGGUGUUGUGUUGGUAGAGUAGAUCAGCAUCCCAGACAGUAGGGUAACACUGCCCCCUGGUGUUGGUAGAGUAGAUCAGCAUCCCAGACAGUAGGGUAACACUGCCCCCUGGUGCUGUGUUGGUAGAGUAGAUCAGCAUCCCAGAGAGUAGGGUAACACUGCCCCCUGGUGUUGUGUUGGUAGAGUAGAUCAGCAUUCCAGACAGUAGGGUAACACUGCCCCCUGGUGUUGUGUUGGUAGAGUAGAAUCAGCAUCCCAGACAGUAGGGUAACACUGCCACCUGGUGUUGGUAGAGUAGAUCAGCAUCCCAGACAGUAGGGUAACACUGCCCCCUGGUGUUGGUAGAGUAGGUCAGCAUCCCAGGCAGUAGGGUAACACUGCCCCCUGGUGUUGGUAGAGUAGAUCAGCAUCCCAGAGAGUAGGGUAACACUGCCCCCUGGUGUUGUGUUGGUAGAGUAGAUCAGCAUUCCAGACAGUAGGGUAACACUGCCCCCUGGUGUUGGUAGAGUAGAAUCAGCAUCCCAGACAGUAGGGUAACACUGCCCCCUGGUGUUGGUAGAGUAGAUCAGCAUCCCAGACAGUAGGGUAACACUGCCCCCUGGUGUUGGUAGAGUAGAUCAGCAUCCCAGACAGUAGGGUAACACUUCCCCCUGGUGUUGUGUUGGUAGAGUAGAUCAGCAUCCCAGACAGUACGGUAACACUGCCCCCUGGUGUUGGUAGAGUAGGUCAGCAUCCCAGACAGUAGGGUAACACUGCCCCCUGGUGUUGGUAGAGUAGAUCAGCAUCCCAGACAGUAGGGUAACACUGCCCCCUGGUGUUGGUAGAGUAGAUCAGCAUCCCAGAGAGUAGGGUAACAAUGCCCCCUGGUGUUGUGUUGGUAGAGUAGAUCAGCAUUCCAGAGAGUAGGGUAACACUGCCCCCUGGUGUUGGUAGAGUAGAUCAGCAUCCCAGACAGUAGGGUAACACUGCCCCCUGGUGUUGGUAGAGUAGAUCAUGUCCUGUAUUUGUCUUCUAGGAUACAUACCAAACUGAAUUUACCACCUAUCUGAUAAAAAAAAAAGGCAAGAUGAGAGAUAUGUGCAUGUUAUCUUCUUGCUACUGUAUGAAACACAGUUUGUCUGCUUGUCUGAAAAUACUCAAUAACACAACACUAUGUUAUGGUUUUAGGUUAGAAUUUCACCUGUUAGAGGUUGAUAUUGUUUUGCCACUCAUACCUUUAGGCAGUAUUUAUCCAGUGGGGUAUGUUAAAGAGUGUGUGUUUGUGAGUACAUGUCUCUCGUUCAUACACAAAGAACUUGUGUACAUUUCUAAUGUGUAUUAUUGUUUAAAAGUCUUUAAGAAACCUGUAUAGAGAAAAAUAUAAUAAAUGAGUUUGCUAUUUCUCUUGUGGAUUGUCGAUACAGAAAAUUGUCAGUGCCCGAUAUUCUCAGUGGUUAUUUCUGUUGAUAUAUUAUUUGAAUGUGUUAAUAACAUUAGACAAUACGUUUUUGUUGUUUCAUUCGAAGGCUAAUACACAUUUUGUUGUCUAAUUGCCUGAUCCCUUGGUAGUGGUCCAAUAGUAGAAUUGGGUUCAAUUCCAAUUAAAAUCAAUCAAUACAGAAAGUGUUUUGAAUAAAAAUUCUAAACUUUUGAAAUAA